AUGCCAGCAUCUCAACCUCAAGCUACAUCAAACCUAUCGAUUUCAAAAUUAAAAGAUAAACAAGCAGAAUUAGCUGCGAUCAUUCAACUUAAUGAAAUGACGGGUUCAAUGUCAGAUCAAGUUACACUUUUAUCAACUCAAUUCUCAUUAGGAGCUGAUGGAUUACAAGCCAUUGAAUCAGUGGUACAGAAGUUUCAAAAUGUAUUCGUGUAUGCUCAGAAAGCUAUCGCUGCGCGCACUGAAGCUGCGACAAUGGCAGAUACCACCAUGACACAGGCAACAUCUCAAGUCGCAAAUCGUCGACGAGUAAUUGAAGAAGAUACCCCAAUAGAUAUGUUAGUCAGGAUUCCUUUACCUGAAUCCAAUUCGCCUGAGCCCUCGUAG